GUAGAGCACGUUGUGUUGGUGUUUCUUCGAGUCUCGAACGUUUCGUUUUACAGAACUGUGUCCUAAAUUUUAACGAAAAAGCUUGCACGUAUAACGAUUAACAGCGAGAUUAAUGCAUUCUAAUUCGAGCAAAAAUGUUUUUCGCGAUACUAUCAGAACGGUUUUUUCGUGAUUCGAGUAACAUGUGAUAGAAAGAAUUUCGUCCGUGUCGAAGUUCACGCGAGAUUGUAGAAUCUCGUGUUAGCGGCGGCAAACGUGCGAUUUGUGUAGUGUUGUGUAUUUUAUGAUAAUUCUUGCACAAAAGUGUUUUAUUCGUUACGGCUACCUGUUGCGCGCCUAAAGCACGCUUCUUUGUGUUACGUUGGAUUAACCGGAUUAAGUGCAUCGCCGGGAUGUUCUUUUCGUCGAGAUAAAUCAUCGAGUACAUGAACAAGAGGUGCACCUGUGCGAAGCCGGAGGCGGAGGAUUCGGAGAACGGGAGAAUCUAGUGAGGACGCUGGGCGUAGCGGCGACGAAAUGAAGCAUGCAGCAUGCGUGGUAGCGGUGUCACGGCUGCGCGGUCCUGCCUUCAACCCCUGGUGUCCGCCAGCCGCUAUCUCGCCGUUCAAGCCCUUCCUGGUGAUCCUCUUUACUUCGUCGUUGAGGCGAAGUCGAGAGUGAAGGAGGUAUACGCGCAGACAUGCAUGCUUCUUGGCCAGCAGGGCAUGCGAGACUGCGAACUGUUCGGCCUGGCAAUACUGUCCGACGGCGAGUACCUGUUCGUCGAUCCCGAGAAUAAAUUAAGCAAAUACGCACCGAAGAAUUGGCGAAGUUCUCAUACAUACGGCUUAGACAGCAGCGGGAGACCGGCAUUCGUACUGUACUUUCGUGUUCGGUAUUACAUCGACACGCCAUUAUUAUUAAGCGAUGAGACGACCCGUCACCACUAUUACCUGCAAUUGCGGGACAACGUGGUCAGGCAUGGGGGUGGGGUGGAAAGCCUCCAUCCUCACCAUCCCCUACACGAGCCAUCUAUCGUUACGCCCCUGCUCACACUCGCGGGUCUUGCCCUACAAGCCGACCUUGGGGAUUACUCCGAAGAACGGCAUAGGCCACACGCAGGAUCUGUGGGAUACUGUAAACCCACGGAUUACCUUCCACCUCACAUGUGCCUCGAGUCAAAUGUGCUCGGCGUGCUGGCGGCUCAGCAUAGAGACAACCGGGGCCUGUCAAGGGAGGAGGCAGAAUUGCAAUACAUUCGGGAGGCGGUGCUGCUGGAGGCGCCGCUCAACGCUCACCUCUAUCGGUUACGAAGAAGCAAGAACGAGGCUGGCCCGGGACGCAUACUCCUCGCGAUAUGUGCUCGCGGAGUGCGAGUUUACGCCGAGGAGGAGACACCGAGGGUUUUUGCCUGGAACAACAUCGGCAAACUCUGCUUCGACCGCAAGAAGUUCGAGAUACGCGCUGUCGAUCAGCCGGACAAGCUCACUCUCUACAGCGGGUGCGAUGACAAGAGCAAACUGCUUUUGGGCCUCUGUCGAGACACCCAUCAGUUCUCCAUGGCCAUAGCACCUAGAGUAAACGAGGCAAAGAGACGUGAGGAAGAAGAGAGGAAGGUUCUCCGCGACUGCUACAUGUACCCAGCUCGAUGCAAGCUGAGUUUAACAGCGCGCGGAGCACGCGGCGACCAACGAAUUUCUGUUAUCUCGAGCACGUCGUCCAACACAACUUCUGGAAUUGUCAGUGACCGGGUUCAUAGCGAGGACGAGCCAGACACGGCACCCGCCUCGACCGAGUGUCUUCCACGUCUUACUGAAAAUACCUCGCACUCCGGUGUUCAGUGUGGCGUGGUGAACGGCUCCAAUGCGGAUGUCGAGGACCGUUCUAUGCCGUCGUCGCCGGUCUCCACUGUGGAUGAAGUCGACGGUACAGAUAGCACUCCUACGACGGCUGCAUUGCGAUUAGCGUCGAGUGCAGCAACGGCUGCCGAGGGGUCACAAUGCAGUAGCAGCUGUAGCACGGUCGUGGUCGUGAAUGCACCUGCUGGUGGACCGCCACGAAUGCGUCGCACCUCGGCAACAUCCAGUCUGGAGCUCGGUUACUCGCAUACAGCACAGAAUUCAGCGGUUUCGUCGGAAACCGCUAGUUUUCCUGGCGCCAUUUACGACAGGUGCAAAAAAGGUGGCAAAUAUGCGGGUACUGACAUCGCCAGCGAGACCAGUGGAGUGUACACGUUAAGGAGCAGCGAAAUGCAGGACGAAAGGAUCGGAGAUUUAUACUCACCCACCGGUGACGCAAACGAGUCAUCGGCAGCGAGUGACAUGUGUGCCUUAAGUUCCGUCCAGUCGACGACCGACGAAGCAUCGGUGACAUCCGGUUUCUACACGAUCCACAGUGGCCUUAGAUCCGAGACGAGCGACGUGUACACGGAGGACGUCGGUACCGAAGACCAAGAACCGAUUUACAGUGUCUGUAAAGGUGACGAGGAUGUCGCGAACGUGGUGUCCACCAUGUCGGCCGUGUCUCUGGAUCAACAGCUGGAAGACUCAAGAUCCCGAAGCAACAGUAUACUCAGUGCUGGAAGCUUCAGGGGUGACGGUAGCGACCCGUCGAGCGUAGGACCAUUAUUGUCGGCCGACGAGUUGUCGGAUUUGAUCGUCGGACGAUAUCCUCCUCGAAAAACUAUCAGCAAUUCUAUGGAUUCCGACUGCGAUUAUGUCACUAUGCCUCCACCGCCUCCUCCUCCGAGGACGGACAGCGACCGGCAGCUUCCGCCACCACCUCCGUAUCCGGUGAGCAUGGACUACGCUACGAUAAACUCGUCGCGACCCAAGAUACCGGAUAUUGAGAGGGAACCUCCUCCUCCGCCACCGUACAACGCGACACGAGGAGAGUUCGUUCCCUUGCCGCCGAGGAGAACGGAUCCACCACCUCCGCCUCCUUACACGUCGCCGAGAGAAAGAAUCCAGAUACCACCACCUACGCCGCCCAGAAACGAUGCCGUGACACCGAGGGAACCACCUCCUCCACCACCGUAUCCUGAAGUAUCGGAAGUCACUCGGCAGGAAGCGAUUUCGAAGCUGUAUCCGACCAGCAGCGAAGAGAUCGUGUCGAGGGUGACGUCUACGAAGUUCCAGAGUACCCUGGGAAACAGCAAGACCAACGGCAAUCUGACACCCUCGAAGACCAACAUCAAUGUUGCUACCACCAUCGCCAACGAUGUUGCUUCGAUUGCGCCCAAACCACCUCCCAGAAUCCAACCACCCACUUAUCCCGGUGACAAAAUGAAACCCACGCCGGUUCACGCUCCCGUUGCGGCCCUUGUCGUCGGACCGAAUAAUUAUUUGGACGUGCACGCCUCGCGAGGUGGUCCGGUUCUGUUGCCUUACCUGACACCACCACCUCCUCCUCCACCCCCUCCGCCACCCAUGAUUCACCCUAGACAACCUCCGCCGCCUCCACCCAGCCUGGCUACCGUUUACACGAGUCAAGUUGCCAGGUCGCAGAUCGAACAGUAUAAGCAACAACUGUAUUCGGACGUCGACUACGUGAUGUUCCCUCUGAAAGAUCCUGCCGUGUCGAAGCAGGAGUACAUAGACGCCAAACAAGGAUCUCUCCUGGCGGCCAUGGCUGCUUAUCCACCACCGCCUUAUCCCUCGUUCAACAAUAAAUCAUUAGUGAUGUAUCGUAGCACGCCGUACCUUCCCGGUUCCUCCUUCUCGUCACCCUCUAAAUACGCUUCCAAUCAGAACCUUAGCAGCAGCGAUACUAGCUCUAACAAUUAUUUGCCGCAUAGUAAUCUGAGCAGCCACUACGCUGCCAGCACGAGUUCGCUGUACAGCGGGGCUACCUGCUCGUCCGCAGGAAGUCAAAGUCUUAGACGCGAACCACCAGCGCCCGCUCAUCCUCAUACGCUACACGCGUUCUCGAGGACGAGAAGCGACGAGAACAUCCUGAAGUGUUUCGAAUCGCCUUCCAGCAUCAAGCUGCAGUCACUGCCGCAACUCAAGCACCGCAGGCUUCCACCACCUCCCCCGCCUCCUCCUUAUGAAAUACAGAAUCUUGAAAAGAAUCAACCACUUCCGUCCGCUUCUUCGUCGUCCUCUUCGCCGAACAAGUCAUCGAGGACGAUCGUAACGGAGGAACGCGAAGAAGGAAAAGAAGAUGGAAUGUUAGACAUACGAACGCUUCGCGAAAAGAGUCGCAACUUAGACUUGCCAUUGAUAUCCGCGUUGUGCAACGAUCGAUACCUACUGAAGCAAACGAAAGCGUUCGUUAUGCCAAAGCAUCCGACUGAGGCGACGUCUUCGACGUCCACGAAGAACGGCACGAGAAGCAGCAACGGCGGAACUUCCAGCAGAAACAAGUAUCCGGUGAGUGGUCUGUCGACCACGCAAAUCACAAAACCUCCCAGGAAAUCUUCAACGAGUACUCACAAACACCCUGCAGAGGUCAAAGGCAACGCUUACAAAGUCACGAAUUCGACGGGCGUGUCCCCGGUGAAAAAGGACCCGACGAGAGCGUCGCAUUCAUAAGAUGAAAUCGAGAAAGGGGAAGGAGCUUUGCCGAUCUUGUAACAUUACAGAAAUUCUAUACCUCCAUAAAGGUACAUUCCAUAACGCCGUGAAAGAUUUGAUAAGUUUUCAAAUGGUAAACAACGGCUGAUCAAAGAUCCUGACGAUAAGUACUUAAAGUUUCAUAGACCGUGCUUCUUCAACUCAGGGUGCCAUUUUAUCGUGUACGAUUCUUCUGCUCGUCGCGGAUACUCGAGACGCGAGGUCUGUCAGAGAAGCAAUGACAAUGUAGAAACUACUAAUCAACUGCAUUCUUUAGAAAACAGUAUAGUAUUCACACGAGAUGGUUUGUGGAAUAUUACAGGAACAGAGUCUUUUUUGCAGAUUUCCAAAUUUACAAGUUCUAAUUUUCUUAUACAGUGUUACCAGCUUCCUUUCGUUAAAUUCGUGCCACUACUUUUUUGACAGACCUCGUAUACAGUAAUAGCUAGAUUACAUUUCGUUUAAACGCAAAUCAUUAAACAUAGUGAAACCUUCAUGAAGCUUGAAGGAGUUCCGAAGGUGUCUGUUAUAUUCCCUUCUUCUUUGAUUUCAUUUUUAUGUAUAUUAUGAUCUCUCCGAUAUCGUUGAAAAUUGUACUUUUCUUCCCUUAACGAACGAAAGCUUAUCGUACAUACGUAGAAUAAUAUAGAAACAUACACACCAAGACAAUAAAAUGUCCAUUAACAUUAUUUUUGCUCAAAUAAGCUGUUAGCGCGAUGAAAGAAAACAUUGAAUGCGAUCGUUGUAAAAUCCUAAUGGCGUAAAAGACGCUCUUGUACGUACUUACAUAGUUAACUAACAAGAGCGACGAUAUUUUUCUUAGGUACUAAUCACUCAGAUAUUUUUAUACUCUGAACGAAGACAGGUAUGAUUAAUGUAACUAGAGAAAUAGUACCUUCAUUUUUUUUGUAUGUGUCUACGAAAGUAAUAUUUAUUACCAUCCAGAUGAUUCUUGUCUUUGUUAUUAUUAUUAUUAUUUCUUUUUUUUAAAUAACUCAAUCAAUGCUCGCUUUAUGAUACUUCUAUCGAAGCGUUUUUUAAGUACAUUUGUGUGUACGUAACUGUAAGUGUAGUUUCUUCUUUUUGGUUAGAAGAAAUUAACCUUUCUUCGGAUGAUGGCGUCUGCAGAGGCUACCCAUAUUUUUUAUAUAACUUUACGUAAUCAUCUGAAAAUUUAUGUGAUCAAGUUCUUGAACGUUUUCGUAUAAAUUCAUUCGUAUUUAUGAAUUUAGCAAAGUGAUAAUUAGGUGAAAUAAUGGCUGUACGAAACCAUCUGUUCGAAGAAGAGUUAACUGUGCAUGCGUGAAAAAUUGUCUUUCUUUAGCGACUGAAGGUAUGUUACAAUGAUGUGCAAGUCAAAUCUGUGAUGAGGUGUAAUUCAAAAAUUUUCAAACAUUCAUAACUUUCAAAUUUCAAAAUUUAAUAAUUUCUAUGACCUCUCCUCUUCAAAAUUUGUCACUUGAUCGGCUCAUCAUUGUAACGAUCAAGACAACACGAAGAUAAAUCAUUACUCUUGACUGCACUACAGAACACGUACCGAAAGAAAACAACGCGAAACAUUUGCAAGAGUCUCGUGUUUAGCGUCGAUCUUUCGAACAUUAAUCACAGAUAAUAGAUGUAAGGGGUAAUAAUUUAGCCGUAACGUUGACUUAUGUUAAUUAAUGGUAGAUAUUAAUAUUACAACAUGACCCAUUGUCUGUACAUAGUAUCUGCGUGAAAUUAUAGGACUUGUUGUAGUCGGAAACCUCAUGUAUGUACCACGCGCCACCUCAGCUACGAAUAAUAAACUCUUUUUUUUAUAAUGAA